UUCAUCUCCUCCCUCCGCAACCCAACUCCCUUCGAUCACAUCCAGCCACAUUGAUUGUGGAGCCAAACUAUCCGAAGGACGCUAAAGAGGCGAUUUUGAAUCAGAAAAGGCUGCACAUGGCCUCUUCUCGCUCCCUCCUGCGCACCGUCCGUUCCUUCUGCACCACCGCCUCCACACACCACAAAAACCAUCAAAACACGCACAACUUCCUUAAACCCAGUACGUUCAUUGGCAGCUGGAAUACGUUGAAGGACCCUAAAGAGGCGGAGAAGCAGCUGGCCCAGCUGAGGAGAGACUACGCCAAGAAGGUCAAGGAAGUUCGCAAGGAAUAUAUACGCGAGGUGGAGCUCAUGCGCCUAGAGAAGCAGCGCAAAGACGAGGCCAGGAGAGACGCCCUCAAGGCUGCCAAUGAAGAGCGGAAGAAGCUGAAAGCCGAGGCAGCGAAAGCCCGUGCCCAGGAACGGAAGGUUGCUGAGGAGGAGUUUCGACAAGCCCUUUUGAAAGAAAGAGCACAGAAACUUGAGAAUUGGAAGAUGAAGGAAACAAAGAGGGAAGAGAAGAAGAAAGAGAAUAAUGAGCUUUUGCGCAGAAAAAGUUCAUUGUGGAUUGAUGAACGUGAGAUGGAAAAGAAAAUACUGGAAGCCAUUGUUGACACCACGUCCCUUUGAGCCAUUUUUGUUCCCAACCUUUCCAUUUGCAUCAAUCCUCACUUUCAACACAAGUGAGUUGAAAAAAAUGUAAUGUUAGAAUAAUUAGGACAUACUUUUAUUUUGUAGUAGUGUAGACGUGAUUCGGGCUUUAAUGACAUCUUUGUGGAGUAAAUUAUCUUGAUAAGAUUCAAUU